UUGAGUUGUUGUCGUUCAGUCGCUUCGCGCAGUCCAACGAUGAUAUAUCUUUUAGUGAUUUUGGCAAGUGUAUCUACACUUUUGUAUUAUUAUUUUACAAGGACUUUUAACUACUGGAAAGACAAAAAUGUACCAGGACCUAAACCGCUACCAUUGUUAGGAAAUAUUAAAGAAAGCGCAUUGAGACGUAAGCAUCCUGCCUUAGUUUUCAAAAGUAUUUACGAUGCGUAUCCUAAUGAGAAGGUGGUUGGAAUUUACAGAAUGACAACACCAUGUCUACUGCUGCGUGACUUGGAUGUUAUUAAGCAAGUCAUGAUUAAAGACUUUGAGCUAUUCGUCGACAGAGGAAUCUCAUUCAGUAAAGAAGGUCUAGGACUUAACCUGUUUCAUGCUGAUGGCGAUUCAUGGAAAGUCCUGAGGAACAGAUUUACACCAGUUUUUACGUCUGGUAAAUUGAGGAACAUGUUGUAUCUUAUGACUGAAAGAGCUGAACAUUUUAUUGAGUAUGUCGACAAAAUUCGUGCAAAACAAUCGGAACAACCCAUACAUGUCGUCGUUCAGAAGUUCACAAUGGCUACAAUAUCAGCGUGUGCUUUUGGUUUGGACUUAGACGAUGAUAUGUAUAAAACUUUAAAUAGAAUAGACAAAAUGAUUUUUACUCCAAGUUAUGCCAGAGAAUUGGAUAUGAUGUACCCUGGGAUAUUAAAUAAGUUGAAUGGAUCAAUAUUUCCCAAGUUCGUAAACACGUUCUUUGAUAACCUUGCACAAACUGUUGUCAAACAAAGAGGUGGACUACCUUCAAACAGAAAGGACUUUAUGGAUUUGAUUUUGGAGUUGAGACAACAGAAAACAAUUGAAGGUACGAAGAAAAUGGAUGAUGAUAAGCUGAGGAUAGUUGAACUGACUGAUAGUGUGAUUGCGGCGCAGGCUUUCGUGUUCUAUGCGGCUGGCUACGAGACCAGCGCGUCCACCAUGUCUUACUUGUUUUAUGAAUUAGCGAAAAAUCCUGAUAUACAAGAUAAAGUAAUUGCAGAAAUUGACGAAGUUCUUAAACGAUACAACGGCGACAUAACCUAUGAUUGCUUAAAUGAAAUGACUUAUUUGCAACAAGUAUUUGAUGAAACGUUGAGAAAAUAUCCAAUCGUAGAUCCUUUGCAACGCAACGCUCAAAUGGACCAUAUAAUCCCAGGCACUAAUGUUACUAUCAAGAAAGGACAAACUGUACUUGUGAAUAUUUUGGGUAUCCAUCACGAUCCUAAAUACUACCCCAACCCUGAAAAGUUUGAUCCUGAACGUUUUAGUCCUGAAAAUGAGAAGAACAGACAUUCAUGUGCUUAUUUACCGUUUGGAACUGGACCUAGGAACUGCAUAGGCAUGCGGUUUGCUAAGGUGCAAUCCCGAGUGUGCGUAGCCAAGUUCCUGUCCAAGUUCAGAGUGGAGCCUUCGAAAAAUACACCAACGGUGUUGGAUUACGAUCCCAAACGUUCUGUUCUGUUCCCCAAGGGGGGAAUUUACCUUAACAUUUUACCUCGAUAAAUUUUUAAUGAAAAGUUAAAAUACUUUCGUUAUAGAAUUUUAAAAACAGUAAGUAAUAACUAUAGCGUGGGCCAAAGUAUAGGCCGCAUUUGACAUGUAUCACUUCUAGCCGCGUGAUGAGAUAAAUUGCUUAAAACAUCGAUUAAAGAGAAUUAAUCGAUUUGGACAUCAAAUAUAUUUCAAUCGAAUUCAACUGUCAUGAAGAAUCCACGUUUUUCGUUCGAUUGUUUCUGGCAUCCUAAAAGACAUCCUUAAAAGAAAAUAAGUUCACUGAAGCAACA